UGCUCCUCUAGACAAGUCUCGUGUUGCGCAGAUAAAGGCCCGGCGCAGAUCCUGCGUUGGUGUCCGGGGAUCCCCAGAGACAAAUUCCCUCAUCCGUUUCAGGGCCCAGCUGAGGAUGAAGACUCCGCCGGAGCCACACACCCCAGAGCUUGUCAGAAGUAGCCCCUUCUUUCCCCGGGUCGCCUUCACACUGAGGGAGAAGAUGGCCCACAUCCAGAGCCAGAUUGAUGUUGCGGAGAAUGACGCCUGUGAUCCGACGCCAGCGCAGGACAGCGGCACCGGAGGAGGCGGCUCGACGCAAGAUUAUCUGUCUGAUGGGAUCAGCGGCAGCGAAGGGAAAGAGAACAACCCACCGACUUCACCCAGAGCCAGCAAGAAGAGACGGCUGGGCCCCCUGGUAGGCUGCAGCGUGGAGAUUACAGAGGAGGAUAUCUCUAUCGCUCGCUCUAGUUUGACGGAACAGGAGGAUGCUAUCUGUAAACAGCAAAGCCCCAGCCCACCUCCCCGUGACGACCCUGCAGCUGUUUCACCGGCCCGGCAGUCUUCCCUCCACAUCUCGUCUCUCCCUUCUCUGCUGGAGAUGAAACCGACAGUAGACGUGGACGAGACGACCGUAGCGAGGAAAAAGAAGCAGGUGCGCUUCGGGGGUCCUUUAUCUCCCGAGUUGUUCGAUAAGAACUUGCCCCCCAGCACUCCGUUACAGAAGGGGGCCACCCCGGCACGGGCGGCCACUCCCGCUGGGGGCUGGCCGCUGCGCUCGGUGCUGAAGACGCCGCAGAGGAGCGAAUCAGACGCACAGCUUCAGGCGGAGCGUCUCACCCCGGCUUGGUUUGGGGCCUCGCCCACGUUCGCGAUACCCGGCAGACACAGAAGGUCACACGAGAGAGACGACGACCAGGACGGCAAGAUUGUUUUUCCACCGAUGGAGGAGAUUGACUCGGCCGUGUCGAGUGACGCAGAUUGUGUCUUUGACGCUCAGCCGUUAAAUUUAAACAUGGAUUUCCAGGAGGAGACUCUCUCUCAGAACCCGACAGUUGACACCGAACCAAAGAGAGCCUCUGAGACGGAGGCCAUGGAUGAGCAGGAAUCUGUGGCAGAGGAGAGGCAACCUGAAGGAGAAGCUGAAAGUGAGACUCCAACCCAGUCCAGAAACGGAAGAAGAACAAAGAAAGAAGAGCAGUCGGAAAUGGAGGCGGGAACGCGGCGCGGCACGCGGAAGAGAAAGCAGCCAGAGGACAGCGAGCCUGUGAAGAAGUCGACGCGAUCCGCUGCCAAGUCGGCCUGCAGGAAGAUGAAGGUGGCCUCAGCAGCUCGCCGCUGGAACAAGGAUGUAGAUCGCUCUCUGUACAGCUCACGUCAGUACGCCUCCAAGAACCCCGGUCUGAGCCCCAUCAAAGAGAGGAUGUCCUUCACCCUCCACUCCCUGACUGUGCAACAGACUCCUGAGAGCGCCGCAGCCACACAUCAAGGGUCUGGUGUCCAGCUGCAGGUGGCAGAUGGUUCCCUACAUAGAGAAGAGAUCGCAGAGGCAAAAGCUGAGGAAAACCUCUCACUGCCCACCUGUAGUCCAGGGAAGCAGAGCGGGCAGCUAAGGUCAAGAGUCAGGGGUCGACCGAAGAAGGGGAAGGUCAGUGCUGCUGACUGUGAGGAGCUCCAGGAGGAAGUCACAGAGCAGCGCUUUGAGCUUCAGUCCUCAGUGAGCCUCGGCGGCUCCCAGGGAACCCCACGGAUGAGCAGCCAGCAGAGUGAGGCUGACCCCGACCAGCCCUCUGACCACAUUUCUGUUCAUAUUCAAUGCACCGACUCAAGCGAAUGUGAUGCAGGUCUGCUUGCACCCACCUCCAGCUCCGCUCCUUUAGGCGACAAGUCCAACGACACAGAACCAGCAGUGAAAAAAGCCAAACGGGGCAGAAAGAGCUCAGCUUCCCUUUACGUGCACGCAAAGGAGCCCCAACCCAGCUCAGAUGGAGAGGGGGGGCAGGCAGAAAGAGAGCAGGACAACACCCAGUCAAGCUCUGAACACGAGGGGGAACCGGGGGAACCCCAUUUGGACCUUGCCCCUUGGCAAUCAGAUUUUAAUUUUGAGGACGUGUUCAAAGCCGUCCCCAGCAGACGGCGGCGCUCCGUUCGCCGCAGCCUGAGGAACCAGGCGACCCUGGAGCCGGGCAGCGUGGAUGCUGGACUCGCCUGGGUGCCUCACUGCUCCCCGGACUCAUUCAGGGAGACUCGCAGAUCGUCUCGCAGACGCCUCAGUGCCGCUCUGGCCGUCCCACCGCAGACGCAUGACUCCUCGUCGAACGAGCCGAGAGCAAAGGAGGAGGACUUGUAGCUUCUGCGGAGGCUGAUUGUUUUACAUCAGCUGAAAAACAUUGGCCAUUGUGAACUAUUGGAGUUCAGUUUCCCUAGAGUUAGUGCGUCAGUCAAUACGCUGAGAGCCCAAUGAUCUCUGGUGACCACCUCCUAAUCAAUAUCAGCCACUCAGCUGGUGAUCAGUGCCUCUUCAGCCCCCCCGCUCUGAUGGCACUGGAUCAGGCAUCUCCAAGUCAAUACCUGCUCCUGUGUGAGGAUAAAGAUGGCUUUACUGCUCAAAACAGCAGCGUAUGUGAUUUAAUUUGAUUUUUUUUUACCAGCUACAGAUUGUGUGUUUUUAUGUUGUUCAAAUGUGUAGCGGCUCCUUGUUAGGGUUCAUUUAGCUAGAACUGAUGGGGCCCGUUCCAGCAGCCCCUCUCUCCAGUGUAACCGUUGCUCCAGCUGUGUGGUCACCUCACUUCCAGUAAAGCAGGUUUUUUUUCUUUCCUCUCACAUCGGCCUCGGACCUCUUGCUCUUUAACUGAACAAACUGCCGAGUAAAUUACUGUUCGGAUUUCCAUUUUGAAACCAGCCAAAUGACUCUAAACGUAUUGACCCGUAACCUCGCCGUCCACCGGUUAUAGAUUCAAAUCAGCCGCUCUCUGCUUUCCCAAUCCAUCUAUCUGAGAAGAACAGAGGGAGCAGAAACAAAUUGAGUUUCAAAUUCCGUUGGCGUCGGGGAAAUUGGCUUCCCCCGAAUGAUGCACGACUGUAAUCUAUCCAUCAGCGGGUAAUUGACUAAACCCCCUUUACAUCAAGUCAGUCACUUGGCUGAAGGACGCUGGAGGUUUCCGGGUCCGCCAAGGUUUGCUCCGUACGUCCACCGGAUGACGGAUGGACAGAACCCUGAGCUGGGAGGCAGGGCUGUGCGAGGCCACAUUGCCAUCUAGUGGAAGCUGUGAUGAAUUGCAUGUAGGCACUUUCCAGCUGCCAACUAAAAGCAGAAAUAAAAUCAAGUCUGCAAAUAUUAUAACAUAUUAGUCCAUUAUUUCAUACUAUAACAUAAGGAAGAAGUCACAGGUGCUACACUUAUUUCAAAUAUUUCCCCCUCAGUAACUUCACAAUUGUUGGGUUUUAUAUUUGCAGUAUGAUAGCUG